UGCUGCUUGCAAUCGUUUGCUAACAUACAUGAUAUUCAUAUGAUUUAUUUUUGGGGUAUUUUAAUUUCCUUUUGCAAUUUCAACUGAGUUUUGUCUACACAUGGCAGUCCCUCCAUCACAGUUCCAGGCUGGAACAUCUGCCGUGCCAGCCACGCAAGUUGAAAUCAGUGUUUCUUGCAGGGGUUUGAGAGAUCUAGACACAUUUUCCAAGUCUGAUCCAUUAUGUGUGCUGUUCACCAGAGAUGGAAAAACAGGAUCAUACUAUGAGUUUGGACGUACAGAGAUGAUCAGUGACAACCUUAAUCCAGACUUUGUGAAGAAAUUUGUCAUCAAUUACUACUUUGAGGAGAGCCAGAAACUCAAAUUUGAAAUAUAUGAUGUGGACUCAAAGAGUUCCAGGCUUUCUGACCAUGAUUUUCUUGGUAGAAUGGAAUGUACGCUUGGAGAGGUUGUAGCAACUGGUGGAAACUUUGAAAGACCCCUUCAGGGACCAACCAAGAACAAUGGAAAAAUUAUUGUGCGGUCUGAAGAACUUGGUAGUAAUAAGGAAGUUAUUCACAUGCAAAUGAAGGCUAACAACUUGGACAAGAAAGAUUUCUUUGGAAAGUCUGAUCCAUAUUUGGAGUUUAUGAGAGUGAAUGAGGAUAACAGUUUUACGGUUGUGCAUAGAACAGAAGUUAUAAAGAACACAUUGAAUCCUACCUGGGCUCCAUUUCGGGUUCCUGCAAGGUCACUAUGUAAUGGCGACUAUGAUAGGAGCAUACUGGUGAAGUGCUGGGACUGGAACAGUAGUGGAAGUCCAGACAUCAUUGGUCAGUUUACAACUAACCUUAGAGAAUUAACCAGAGGACCUGGACAGAACAAUGUGUAUGAGGUUAUAAAUGAACAGAAGAAAGCCAAGAAAAAAGGAAAAUAUAAAAACUCUGGCGCGGUUUCACUAUUGAGCUGUAAAGUGGAAAUGGAGUAUUCAUUCUUAGAUUAUAUAACUUCUGGAACAGAGAUGGCAUUCACAGUAGCUAUAGAUUUCACAGCUUCAAAUGGAAACCCCAGUUCACCUUCCUCCCUUCAUUACAUCAAUCCGUAUGGAACACCUAACCAGUACUGUAUGGCUAUACAAGCUGUAGGGGAUAUUAUACAAGACUAUGACAGUGACAAACUGUUUCCGGCUCUUGGUUUUGGUGCUCGUUUUCCUGAUAACAGUGUGCAGCAUGAGUUUUCUUUGAAUUUCAACCCUCAGAAUCCUUACUGUGCUGGAGUGCAGGGUAUUCUUGGUGCAUAUCAAAAUGCUAUCCGGAGUGUACAACUGUAUGGACCAACAAACUUUGCACCGUGUAUAAAUCAUGUUGCAAGGUUUGCAGCCUCAAAGACAGAUGGGUCAUGCUAUUUUGUACUGUUGAUCAUCACAGAUGGUGUAAUAACAGACAUGCCACAGACCAUGCAGGCUAUAGUUAAUGCUUCCACCUUGCCAAUGUCAAUAAUCAUAGUAGGAGUGGGGGAUGCUGAUUUUGAAGCCAUGAAUGUAUUAGAUGGUGAUGAGGUCAGAUUAUCAUAUCAGGGAAGAUAUGCUCAGCGAGAUAUUGUUCAGUUUGUUCCAUUUCGAGAUUUUAGCCAUCGUGUAGGAACGCAGAGUCCCCAGAUAGCUCAAACAGCAUUAGCCAAAGAGGUCCUGGCGGAGGUCCCUGAUCAGUUAGUGUCUUACAUGAAGUCAAGGGGAAUAAUGCCAAAACAGACAAGACCGGCUACUGCUCCUCCACCAUAUUCCUAACCAGUUCUAGUUGAAGCACCAUUAACCUUUUAGCCAAGGCCCCUGGACACUUAGUGUCACACAUGGAAAUAAAAGGGAUUAUACGGAGACAGAAAGACCCACAAAUGCACCUCCACCUUAUUCUUAUGUAAUAAAUAUUGUGUAUAAAGAAGUGGUCAGAAUUUGGAAAGACAUCUGAGCAGUGCCAUGGGAAAACC